AUGUACACUCUCAUAGUUUCUGUAAGUGCCAAAACUGAACCAUCUUUUUCCCCUCUUCUCGGUAAAUUGCAAAACCCCAGCGCUCUCUUAAUCCCUUCAUACGGUUUCUGGUUGGAGUCUAAUCUCCAUUCGUUCGUAGCUGUCGAACUUCUGCCAUUUGAUCCAAUCAUAAUCACGAUCGAGAUGAAUGGAGGGUAUGUUAACGGCGAAUUAGGUCAGCUUCGAGCCACUAUGCAAACAAUCGAAAUUGCGUGCAGCUCCAUUCAGAUAAAUGUAAAUCCAACGGCUGCUGAGGCCACUAUAUUGUCUCUAUGCCAGUCUGCUCGACCAUAUCAGGCAUGCCAGUUUAUUAUUGAAAAUUCUCAAAUGCCAAAUGCAAGAUUCCAAGCAGCUACAGCAAUUCGAGAUGCAGCUAUACGAGAAUGGUCAUUUCUUUCAUCCGAAGAAAAAAAAAGCUUGAUUAGUUUUUGUUUGUCCUAUGUAAUGAAACAUGCAAGUUCACCAGAGGGCUAUGUUCUAACAAAAAUUUCAUCCGUUGCAGCUCAACUGAUGAAAAGGGGUUGGCUGGAACUUAAUGCUGCAGAAAAGGAUGGAUUUUUCUCUGAGAUAAAUAUGGCUAUUGCUGGUAACCAUGGACUAGAAGUGCAGUUCAUUGGACUCAAUUUCCUUGAAUCACUGGUGUCUGAAUUUUCUCCAUCCACUUCUACUGCUAUGAGCCUUCCUAGGGAGUUUCAUGAGCAAUGCCGAAAAUCUCUAGAGCAAGAUUAUCUUAAGAAUUUUUAUUGUUGGGCACUGGGGGCUGCACAAAGUGUUACUACUGAAAUUACAAAUUCUGAUGCUUCUGUCUCAGAAGCAAGAGUUUGUACAACUGCACUUCGUUUCAUGCUUCAAGUCCUUAAUUGGGACUUUAGUAGCAGUGGUAGAGUUGCAAAAAACAGCAUAGAUGUUUAUUCCUUUGUUGCUAAAGAAGAUAGCAACUCCACUUAUACGCUAGUCCAGCCUGGCAUUUCAUGGCGUGAUAUAUUGGUGACAAGUGGUCACACAGGGUGGCUUUUGGGGUUGUAUAGUGUUCUCAGAGAGAAAUUCUCAAGAACUGUAUUUCCAUCAGAUGCUGGUGUUACACAAGGGAAGCAUCUUCUGCAACUGGUAUCUGGAAUCAUUCUAUGGAUUCAUCCUCCUGAUGUUAUUGCAAAAGCAAUCGAAUGUGGAAGAAGUGAAAGUGAAUUGCUUGAUGGUUGUCGUGGACUGUUAUCCAUAGCUGCUGUUACCAAUCCUGUUAGUUUUGACAACCUCUUGAAACAAAUAAGGCCUUUUGGGACACUCAGUCUGUUGUCUGGCUUAAUGUGUGAAGUUGUUAAAGACCUUAUGACCAAAGAUUUAGAGGAUGAGCCAUGGAGUUGGGUUGCACGUGAUAUCUUACUAGACACAUGGACAACACUUCUAACAGAUACAAACAAUUCUGGAGUGAAAUCAUUGCUUCCACCUGAAGGAAUAAAUGCUGCUGCCAAUCUUUUUGCCCUAAUUGUAGAAUCAGAACUAAAGGCUGCAUCAGCCAGUGAAGAAAAAGAAGACUACUUUCAACCCUCUGUAGUUGCCAUGGAUGAGAGAUUGAGCUCUUAUGCCCUUAUUGCACGAGCUGCUAUUGAUGUUACAAUCCCUUUUCUUACUCAACUUUUUUCUGAGCGAUUUGCAAGGCUUCAUCAGGGAAGUGGAAUAAAUGAUCCAACUACAACAAUGGAGGAGCUGUAUUCACUUUUGUUGAUAACUGGUCAUGUAUUGGCAGAUGAAGGAGAAGGAGAAACACCCUUGAUACCAAUGGCUAUAGAAACACGUUUUCCAGAGUACGUGGAAACAGACAAACAUCCAGUAGUUGUACUUUCAUGGUCUAUCAUAAAGUUUGCUGAACAGAGUUUAGAUCCAAACAUAAGAGCAGCUUUCUUUAGCCCUAGGCUUAUGGAGGCAAUUAUAUGGUUCCUUUCACGAUGGUCUUCUACAUAUUUGAUGACAAGUGGAGAAAUGCAAAGUUACAGAAACUCCAUAGAUGAGGUUACACUGCUUCUGAUGCAACGUUCAAGAGAAGCAUUGCUUAGUUUUUCUGCUGAACAUACUCAGGGAAAACCCUUACUCAACAUUAUUGUGCGAAUAUCACUUACAACACUCAUUUCAUAUCCUGGAGAAACUGAUUUACAGGCUCUCACAUGUAACCAGUUGCUUGGUGGACUUGUUCGCCGGAAAAAUAUCUGUGCACACCUUGUCACAUUGGAAGCAUGGCGUGAUUUAUCUCAUUGCUUUGCCAAUGAUAGAGUCAUAUUCUCACUAAAUGCCACUCACCAGCGUUCCCUGGCUCAGACCCUUGUUCUUUCAGCUUCUGGAAUAAAAAACUCAGUGGAAGCAAAUCAGUACAUAAGGGAUCUCACAAAUCAUAUGACAGCUUAUCUUAGUGAUAUAUCUGGCAAGAAAGAUAUCAAGACUAUUUCUCAGCAACCAGAUGUUAUUCUCGCUGUGACUUGCUUAUUGGAGCGACUUCGAGGAGCUUCAAGUGCUUCAGAACCACGGACACAGAAGGCACUUUAUGAGAUGGGAUUUUCAGUGAUGCAGUCUAUUCUUAAAUUUAUUGAGGUUUACAAGGAUGAGUCUGCAGUUGUGUAUCUGUUGCUUAAGCUAGUUGUUGAUUGGGUGGAGGGGCAAAUCAUCUACUUGGAACCUCAUGAGACUGCAGUGGUUAUUGACUUUUGUAUGCAUCUGCUUCAGCUUUACUCUUCUCACAACAUUGGCAAGAUAUCUGUAAGCGUUUCAAGCAGUUUAUUAAAUGAAGCAAAUGCUGAAAAAUACAGGGAUUUACGUGCUUUACUACAACUGCUUCAAAAACUAUGCACAAAGGAUAUGGUUGAUUUUUCAUCUGCUGCCAAUGAGGAACAACAGACAAGCAUUUCUCAAGUUAUAUAUGUUGGUGUUCACAUUGUUAGCCCUUUGAUUACAACAGAAUUGCUCAAGUAUCCUAAGCUUUGUUAUGAUCACUUUGCCCUGCUGUCACACAUGCUGGAAGUUUAUCCCGAAAUGAUCCCCAAAUUGAACCAUGAAGCCUUCAGUCAUAUUUCAGGAACUCUUAUUUACGGCCUCCAUCAACAGGAUGAAGAAGUUGUUGGGAUGUGCUUGAGAUCUCUGAGAGCCCUUGCAGUCUACCACUACAAAGAAAGAGGUGUUGGUAGAGAUGGUUUAGGUCAACAUGCUACAAGCUAUAAGGACAAUGAUGGAAAUUUUCAGGAUGGCAUUCUUAGUAAAUUUUUACGUUCUCUACUUCAACUAAUCCUCUUUGAGGAUUACAGCACGGAUCUUGUAGGAGCAGCAGCUGAUGCUCUUUUUCCAUUAAUUCUCUGUGACCAUGAUCUUUACCAGAGAUUAUGUAACGAAUUGGUUGAAAGGCAACCGAAUCCAAUAUUCAAAACAAGGAUGGUGAGUGCAUUGCACUCGCUAACAACCUCGGACGAUCUGUCUCCAUUGGCCGACCGCUCAAACAUGAGAAAGUUCCGGAAGAAUCUAAACCGUUUCCUUAUUGAUGUUCGUGGGUUUUUGCGGGUAAUUUGAUUAUAUAAUAUAAACAACCUUAAACUUUUCAACGGCGGCUGACAAGUUCUUCCGGAACAAUGUAUUCUGUUGGGAUACUCGUGAUGAUUAGACGAACGUGUAGCCGGUCCGAUUGGUCAUAUUCAUACACAAGAUUGUUUGUUUUUUUUUUUUUUUUAUUGUUUUGUU